GUUAGAAAACAUUCUGCAAUUGUUGAUGAUGAAAAAUAUUAGAAAAAUCUGUUUUUAAGUUAUUCAAGACAGCGAAAAAUGUUUAAAAACAACUAUGACGUUAAUGAGACAAUAAGGCGAAUACGUAGACUAAUUGAUGGCAAAUUAACUUACCGGAAACUUUUUGUCAUCAUAGUUUGUUCUUGUGUUUUCUUCCUUUGGUUGCUGAGCCGAUUUUUCUUUGGCAAUGAGAGAACCGGACCAAAAGACUCUCUUAGUUCAUGCAUCGAUGAUAGCAUAACGCCACGCACUUACUCAGAAUUCGAUUAUGGAAACGUCAAUAUUUUCGGUAUUGAUGGUUUCGGUGUUCAAGACAUUCCUUAUGUUGGAAACGGUAUCUUUGGAUUAGAAGUAGCACAAGAUGCCCAAUUAUUCAUAAAAGAAGGACGAGCCUUAUUACUACAAGUUCCCUUUGCUCCAAUUGUUUCAAUAGCAAAGAAUCAAGAAGCAGUCAAAGAAGCUUCCGUCGUCGAAUACUUAAAUGGUUUGGUGAAUCGUCAUCAAUGUUUCGACGACUUUCAAGUCAAAUAUCUUUAUUAUGCACAUCGUAAUUACCCUUCAGUGUUUGUGCAAGAAAUUCAAAUCAAGAAUUAUCGAAAUCAACUCGUCGAUCUCAAUUUAGUGCUGCCAAGAAUUGUUGGCGAUUGGUCAGUCGCAACUUCGCAAAUUGUUAAAAUUCAGCAUGGCUCGAAGUUGGUUGAUUAUCAAGUAAUUACUGGCCAUGUACCUUCUUUAAUUAGCAAGAAAAUUCGAGCUGUUUCGAUUGUUUAUCGUUUAAUUCCCAAAGUUUUGACACUCAACAAGAAAGGAAACACAAAUUUAAUUCUUUUGACAACAAUAAAUUAUUCGAAACCAAUCAACAAGGAGCAAUACAACCAAGAGAAGGAUUUUGUUCAAAAAUCAGCAAUUGAUGCGAUGAAGAAAAUUCUAGAAGAGCAUGUAGUGGAAGCUGCCGGCGAUGCUUUAUAUGAUUUCAGAAAGCAACACACAAAAGUUUGGAAUUCUUUAUGGCAAACCGGAUUUUACAUUUCAACAUCAAAAGCUGAAAAUGCUCUUAAUGGUGAUAAGAUUAAUGCAACAAUGUAUAAAGUGUUAUCGCAUAAUCGAGCUUAUGAAUACGAGGAAUCAAUAACACCACAAAGAAAGAAUCAAAUCGCGCACGAUUUGGCAUACGCUGAAGGAUGUUACGACAGUUACCACACACUGCAAGCUGAGAACUUAUGGAAGAGCAUGUCGACGAUAAAAGAUGCAAACAUGGUUGUUCAAUCGUGGAUGUUAACACUGGAAAAGCAAGGUUGUCAUAAUCUUAUCAGAGCUGGUGCCAGUGGAAUCAUCCAGUCAAUGGUUCUGUCAUUCGGAGGCUUCAGCUUCAGCAAUCAACAUCUCGAAUUCAACAUUCAUCCCAAAUUUCUUCAUCGUGACUUUUCAUUUAGACGAUUAAAUUAUGGCAACAUGACGCACGUUAACGUGACUGUGAGAGUUCGUGAUGACAACAAAGCUGAAAUUGAAGUUGCGCUUGAUAGAUCUGAUCGCAAUUAUUAUGCAUGCGAUGGUGGAUGUUUGGACACGCCAGUUCAACUUGGACCUGACAAGAGAAUCUUUCCAGUGAAAUUGACUGAACCACUGACAUCAAUUCUUUAUAUAACAUCUGAUAAACAGCAUAUGGAGGAUUUAAGACAUGCAAUUCAUGUGAAGGAGAUUGCAGAAGCUCCAGCUCACGAGCAUCAUGUGAUAUUCUUACACAAACACGGGAGUAACCUUGGAGGCUUACCGACAUUCUUUUGGAUUGCCAUCUGUGCAAUCAUUGUCAUCUUCCAUGUUUUCUUAUGCAAACUCAUCGUUAAAGAAUACUGCGAGCCUCCAGAAAUUAAACGAUAUCGUUACAGUAAACCUUAAUUUGAUGUUGUGAAUGAAUGACGAGACACUUGAUGAUCUUCUGACGCUACUUUUAUCCUGAAUUGUAAGAUUGAAAUUGAGUUGAUGCGAAUGUGUUUUUGUAAAUAAUUUAAAUGUUAUAAAAAUUAAUAAAACUUCUGAUGUGCGAUGAAAUUUUAAAAAACAAAAAUUAAUUUUUUGAAUUUUUCUUUUUAUUAUUUUUUUCACAAUUUUUUAUUUCACAAUUUUCCUUUCUUUUUCCCUUUCAU